AUGUUCAAGUUCAAUUUCGACGUCGACGACGAUCUUGACACGGAUGCGCCUGUGGCUGAAGAACCUGGUUCAGCAAGUCUACCAGAGCAAUCGCGAGGACUUGAAGACGUACCCGAAAAGCGCUUCGCCGAACACCCCCUCCUAGACCUCCUGUCCGUGCUCCCGCCCGUAAUUUCGUACUCCCCCCUUGCGGUGCCGCUGUCGUCGCACCGGCAGCUGGCGCUCGCGCGGCGGGACCUGUUCGACGCUCGAUUCCAGCUCAUCUUGCUUGGAGAUGAGGACCCUGCAGGUUACGCAGGUGGAGCAUCUGAGCUCGAGUUUUUGGAUGCGCCUUCUGAUCUUGUGCCCGGGGUAUAUGAGGGCGGGCUGAAAACUUGGGAGUGUAGCCUGGAUCUGGUAGAUUGUCUGGAUAGCAUGCACGGAAGUGAUUAUGCCAACAGCCUGAGAGGGAAGAGAAUCCUCGAGCUUGGCUGCGGCACCGCGCUGCCCACCUUGUACCUCCUUCAUCAACUAUUUUCCUCUCAGCCGACUCCAGAACGGCCAGAGACCCAUGUACAUCUGCAGGACUACAACGAUCUAGUUUUGCGGCUUGUCACGCUGCCGAAUGUCAUCCUGGCAUGGUACAUGUCACCCGCCUCCGCUUCGUACCGUUCGUCUGCGCUCUCUUCUAACUCAGACCCAGAGGCAGACCAAGAUCCCCAUCCACCGGCGGACCCUACCCAGCUAGGCGAACUGCCUCUUACGCCCGCACUGACCGGGGCAUUCCGUGCGUCUCUGCAAGAACACAAAAUCUCACUGCGCUUCUUCUCAGGCUCAUGGGGAACAUUCGACCUGCAAGCCGCCGGAGGGUCGUAUGACAUCAUACUCACCUCUGAAACGAUCUAUCGGACAGACAGCCUACCCUCGUUGGUCGACCUGAUGUGGCGCGCAUGCGGCGGUGCUGGGCCUACAGUCGACAAAGCGGACGUGCAGCACGAAGAAUCCGCUGAUGCCCGGCCGCUGGAAGAUCUCGUUUCUGCACAAUUGUCGAUCUCUCCGAGCGCGCAGUAUCAUUGCCUUGUAGCUGCGAAGCUGGUAUACUUCGGGGUUGGCGGUGGUGUCUCGGAGUUUGUGCACGCGGUCGAGGAUGCGCCUUUGUCGACUCGGAGAGAAAGGGGAGCUGUGCAGACUGUGUGGGAACGCAAACAAGGUGUAAGCCGGAGGGUUAUGCGCGUCGUAUGGGGAACUACUCAAUGA